AUAAUUCUCUCUAGCCACUUUUUAUUUUUCUUGCAGCCGUAGGUUUAGUUUCGUUCAUAUAGAUCUUAGAGAGGAUAAUCAACCAACGCUAGCUCUAAAAGAUCAAACAAAAGGUAUGUUUUUUUUUGUUAUUAUGUAUCUUCUUCAGAUGACAUGAUAUUCACGAUUACUGGUAAGAAUCGAAACCCUUUUUCUUCUCCUUUUGAUCCAGACAAGGAUGAACACAACACAUCUUUAUUGAUGUGUCUAAAUUCCAACUCAUCGGAGAUUUUCCCUUCUAGCUAUUGACCCUUUUUAAAUUUCGUGUCUCCUCUUUCUUAACGCAAAAAAAAUACCUUCUUCUUUCUAAGACAGAAACACCAUCGUAAAGCGGCAGCCUAGGGUUACUGCCUUUUCUCAAUUUCUUCAUGGACAAGAGCUCUAGCGAGAGGUCCGCCGCGAAAAAGAGAUCCGCCACCAAACGGAAGAAAAUUGAUUUGUUCGGCAGUGAUGCUGCUAUGGAAGCCUACUUGAAGAGUAGCAGAAUGCCCCGGAUCUCCGUUGAGGGAUACGACACUUCGGUUCCUCAGGAAGAUAUCAAGAAGGCGUUGACUGAUCACUUCGCUUUGUGCGGAGAAGUCUUUAAUGUUAUAUUCUCUCAAGGCCGUGUCGGACGUGCUUUUGUUAUUCUUCGCGGAGAUGGCGCAGAAGAGAAGGCGUUGCAACUUGAUGGAAGUGACGUGGGAGGAUGGAGUGCUCGUGUUAAGGUUACACCCGAAGAAGACGAGGAGACGAGACGUUAUCGAGCCACUCUUACUAGAGAGACACACGAGGACAGAAGAUUUAGGUUUGGCAUUACCGUUGAGGGAUAUGACACUUCGGUUCCUGCGGAUGAGCUCAAGAGCACUUUGAUCGAACAUUUCUCAUCUUGCGGAGAGAUCACACAUGUUUUUAUCAACACUCUCGACAGCAUGGCUCAUGUAUAUUUUGUCCAUAAAGACAGAGAAGACAAGGCGCUGCAACUUGAUGGAAGUGAAGUGAAGUGUUACUAUCGUAACUAAAGCAAGUUAUAAUGACCCUACUCUCUAUGCCCGCGGCCCAAGUCGUUUUGGGUGCUGUAUCCCAGCUCAUUGUAUAAUGAUGGCUGCCGAGGUCCAUGAGAAGCUCAUGGCUUUUAAGAAGCUGAGGGGAUUGGACCUUUGUCUUUCUUUUUUUUUUGUUUUUCUGUUCUGGAUUUCAUAUUGAGCCGUUUGUAUGUGGAUGAUUAAAGUAAUUAGCUCAAUAAUCGUUGACUUAGUAUCAUGAGCUGUAAGUUAGAUGAGUAAUAUAACACAAGACUUUUAUCAAGAAAAAUAUACAUAAGAGACUUGAAUUCAUCUAUUAUUUGCCAAUUAUUUUUGAAGUCUUUGAUGAAUUGGUCAACUCAUCGUUUCUAUUUUUUUCGUUUUUUCAACUCAUCGUUUCUAUUGUUUAUUGUGUGAUGAUUACUCAUGAGUUCAUAUAGCAGCUGAUAAUUUAUAUAGUGAAAAGGAUGAUCGUCGGUUAAUUAAAUCGCUUGUGUAAUACCGGAGAAAAGGUCAAUGAUCUCGCUUUUAUAGACUUUGCAGACCUCAAGGAUACACUUACUAAACUUACCCUGAUGAAGUAAACGUUUUAUUAGUAGAUUUAUCUUAACUUCUCAAACCAGAAACGAUGUUUAUAGAUAGUUUAAUUUCUUGCGCCUGUACCGUGUAUUUGUAUAUAUCUGUGUUUUUCAGAUUUUGAAAAGAAAUAAUACAUAGGACUAUGUCUCAUUUUAUUCUUGGUUAUAUGGAUCUUUUCAUAGUUUUUUCAAGGUUUUUCCGUGAUUUUUUUGUGUGGUUAAUCUGUAUUUAUUAAAAAUAAAUUUAUUAGUAGUUAUUUUAAAAUAAAUUACGAGAA